AUGUUUCUACCAGAAAGAAAGGCCAGUCAUUCCAGGGAUACACAAGGAAAUAUUGUGGGCCUGGAUUUUUCAGGCGAUGAUAGCUCGGAUUCCGCAUCAAAAGAAUGGGUUUACACAAGAUGGGCUAAAAUAAUGUUCCGUACUGCUGCAAUGGUCAGUCUUGCUUCAGUUAGUAUGAAUACACCAGACACGUUUAAACAAGUUCCAAGCCUAAUGUAUAUCACAUUUAUAUUGGAUUUAAUGGUUGCCUUAUUAUUUACAAUUGAAAUGAUUAGUAAAAUGUAUAUUGAAGGAAUAAUUGCACCAGCAUCAAGUCAGUCCACUGGUGGAGGAAUGGAUCAAAAACGUAAUCGUGCUUAUUUUCAAAAAUCAUGGAAUUAUUUUGAUGCUUUCAUGCUACUGUGUAUAUGGGCUUCAUUAGCUCUACAAUGCGUAGAAUUCUAUGUCACAUUCCAUUGUCCAAUUAGUAAUAAUAAUAAUAAUAAUUUAUGUCCGAGUAAUGAAAACUUUCGACGUCAUUAUGGUUUUCUAAGUAUGAUCCGUUGUCCAAGACCGUUAAUAUUGAUUCGUGUGUUUCGUGCUGUCCUGAGACUUCAACUGCCUCAAGCACGUGUAAAAGCUAUAUUUCAGCGAUCUACGCAUCAAAUGUACAAUGUCACAGUAUUUCUCCUCUUCUUUAUGUCAUUAUACGGUUUUCUUGGUGUACAAUUUUUCGGGGAUGAAUUGAAUUACCACUGCGUUUUGAACACAGCCAAUGAAACGCAUAUAACAAAACAAGAUUUAGCUAUACCAGAUUCAUAUUGUAAUCCAGCAAAAAGUCCUGAAGAUCAAUGUCCAAGUAAUAUGAAAUGUAUACGUAUUGCUAGUUCUAUACAAGAUGAUGGAGGUUAUGCUGGAUUUGAAAGUUUUCAUGUAAGCAUAUUCACAGUAUAUCAGGCAGCUUCACAAGAAGGUUGGGUUUUCAUUAUGUAUCGUGCAAUGGAUUGUCUUGCCUCGUGGAAAGGAGUUGUUUAUUUCAUGUCUAUGAUAUUUUUAGUCGCCUGGUUAGUCAAGAAUGUAUUCAUUGCUGUUCUGAUUGAAACAUUUGCUGAAAUCAGAGUACAAUUUCAACAGAUGUGGACACCAAGACACACUGCAGAUGCAGAUUCAUCAAAGAUAUUUCAAUUCGAUGGCCUGACGUGGAAAUUAGUCCCUGUACACGAAAGUAAAGCACGUGGUUUAGCGCCAAAGUUUUUCCAAGAAACCAUUCUGAAAUCGACUGGAUUCAAUGUCGUCAUUAUGGUAUUGGUUUUGGCUAAUGCAAUCACAGCAGCUGCAUUGCAUUUCAAUCAUCAAAGUUUAAGAGGUGAUGACUAUCUUGAAGAUCAAUUGGAUGGCUUUUAUUAUGCUGAGAUACUAUUCACAGUUCUGUUCAACUUUGAAGCUGUUUUUAAAAUUUGGUGUUUAGGUUGGUCAAACUAUUGGCACAGAUCACUGUUCAAAUUUGAAUUAUUUCUAUGCAUUGGGACAACAAUUCAUUGUAUACCAUUAUUGUAUCGUACAGAAUUCACCUAUUUAGCUGUUCUACGUAUUGUCCGCUUAAUCAAAGCAUCUCCAAUGUUAGAAGAUUUUUGUUUCAAGAUCUUUGGACCUGCUAAAAAAUUGGGCAGUCUAAUCUUAUUCACUACCUGUUUCUUAAUGAUUACGUCAACAUUCAGUUUACAGUUGUUUUGUUUCUUUCAAGUAUUUGAACCAACUUUCGAUAGAUUCUCUACAUUUCCAAAAGCGUUUAUGUCAAUGUUUCAAAUACUUACACAAAAAGGUUGGGUCGCUGUUAUGCAUGAUACAAUGGAUGUUGUGGAGAAUGAAGCUGUGACUACAGGUGUAGCGAUAUACUUUGUAUUCUAUCAUUUAGUUGUAACACUGAUUGUACUCAGCCUUUUUGUCGCUGUCAUUCUGGAUAAUUUAGAAUUGGAUGAAGACAUUAAAAAGUUGAAACAGCUUAAAUUGAGGGAGAUUAGCGCUGAAACACAACAGAAGCUACCGAUGCGUUUACGUGUAUUUGAAAAAUUUCCAAAUCGUCCACAAAUGAUCCAACUGACACGACUUGUCUCCGACUUUUUAAUGCCAAAAAUUCGUGACAGUUUUAUGCGACAAUUCGCGGCAAUUUCUGCGCUUGAAGAAGUUGAAGAUGAAGCCAUUGAAGAAAUGCUGGCUACAAUGACCAAGUCGGCUCAACACAAUGCAGAACAAAACCAAUUGAAACUUAACCCACUGUAUACUACUACUACAAUUAGUAGUAGUAAUAAUAAACUAGCUAAAGAAAUGUUGAACAAUCAAACAAAUGUGGAGACAUUAAGAGCGAUAAAAAGAAAAGUUCAUGGAUUACAUGGUGAAGAAAAAUUUCGUGCAAUUAUUUAUCUUCUUAAUGAAUCGAAUAAAACACGUUUAUUGACAAGUGAGAAGACUUCAACUGCUGGGACUAGAUCCCUUCUGUCAACACAACAUCAAAUUCGGCUAGAAAGAAGAAGUAUACGAAAUAGAGUUGGAAAUACUUUGGCUUCACAGAAAUCAUUUAGAAGUAACGGUGAAGUAAGAGGUAAUCCAUCAGGAAGAACUGGCAAUCAAACUGGGGAUUCACAGACAACAACUGGAGAUAGGACAAGUCAUGUUGAUAUUAAACUAUUGCAGCAGAAAGCACAACUGGCAGAGAUUAAACGAACACAACAAGAAGUUGAGCUGAGAGAGAAUCAUCCAUUCUUUGAUCGACCGUUAUUUGUUCUUGGUCGGGAGAAUCGUUUUCGUCAGUUGUGUUUAAUUCUUGUUGAAGCUAGACACAAAGCUCAUGAUGCAAUCGAUUCAACGGAUAAUGGAAGUUUUAUACAUAAAUUUCUUGGUCUAGUUACCUAUUUGGAUUGGAUAGCUAUAUUUGUGACAACUUUAUCGUGUGCGUCAAUGUCUUUAGAGACACCACAUUUCAGGCUAAUGAAUACCCCUGAAGUACAGAUAUGUGAAUACAUCUUUUUUGUUGUAAUGACACUGGAAAUGACUUUGAAAAUAUUUGCCAAUGGAUUAAUAUUCACUCCAAAUGCUCUUUUAAAAGAUUUUGGUGGAUUUUUGGAUUUAUUUAUCUACAUAAUUAGCCUAAUUUUUGUCAGUUAUAUGAUACGUGUUGAUGUUAUCGGUCCAGCAUCUGGUGGACAUUUAUUAAUGGUAUUACGAUGUCUACGACCAUUGAGAAUAUUUUGUCUUGUACCACAAAUGCGUAGAGUUGUCUAUGAAUUAGUCCGGGGAUUUAAAGAAAUUCUCAUGGUUUCUGUUCUCCUGGUUGUAUUCAUGUUUAUGUUUGCUGUCUAUGGUGUGCAUCUCUUCGGUGGACGUUUGGCUAUUUGUAAUGACAGAAAUAUAACAACUAAAGAAAAAUGUGUUGGAAGAUUUAUGCGUGAAUUAGCCUCAACUAAACUGAAAAGUGUUAAAGGUGAACCAUUGAAACUACUUGUACCAAGAGUAUGGGCUAAUCCAAGAAAUUUCAAUUUUGACAACAUUGGCAAUGCAAUACUGGCUUUAUUUGAAGUUUUAUCCCUAGAAGGUUGGGUCGAAAUACGUGAUGUGAUAAAGGAGCGUAUUGGUCCGCGACAUGUGAUCUAUAUACAUCUAUUCGUAUUUAUUGGAUGCCUGAUUGGCUUAACUUUAUUCGUUGGCGUUGUCAUUGCUAACUAUAGUGAAAAUAAGGGAACAGCGCUUCUCACUGUCGAUCAACGUAGAUGGUUGGAUUUAAAAGGUCGUAUAAGACUUACACAACCACUGCAAAUUCCACCACGACCAAAAUUACACCAAGAACCUGGUCAAACACGAAAUAUUGUCACCCCGAUGUCAAAUAAUCUAGAGAAGAAAAGUUUAAAGUUCCGCUGUUUCAUUUACGACAUAACACAGCAUAUUUUAUUCAAACGUGCAUCAGCAACACUUGUUGUCGCUAAUUGUUUCCUCUUAUUCUUUCCCUUCAAUGAACUUGGAGUGGAAAGAUCUAGUUGGGUGAGACCAAGAUAUCAAGUUCAAGUUUCGUUGGGUAUAAUAUUCACGUUAUUCUUUUGUUUGGAAUGUUUAUUGAAAAUAAUUGCAUUGAAAUUUGGUGGUUAUUGGCAAUCGAAACGAAAUCGUUUUGAUAUGCUUGUCGCGGUACUUGGUGUCACAUGGAUUAUUCUACACUUUAUACUUCGACCGAUACCUGAGAAACACAUGAUCAGUAAUAAUUUUGGUUGGUUUGUUCUAAUGCUGAGAUUUUUCACAAUAGCUGGAAGACAUGUGACAUUGAAAAUGUUAAUGUUAACUGUAGUUAUGUCAAUGUACAAGUCAUUAUUUAUCAUAAUGAGUAUGUUUCUACUAAUGAUGGUUUAUGCACUAGCUGGUGUUACACUAUUUGGUUCAGUGAAAUACGGUGAUAAUCUUGGUCGACAUGCUAAUUUUCAUAAUACAUUUCGAGCCACCGCUUUGCUGACGAGAAUUGUUACUGGAGAAGAUUGGAAUAAAAUUAUGCAUGAUUGUAUGAUACAACCGCCAUUUUGUCGUAUGCGUACUAAUUUUUGGGAGACAGAUUGUGGAAAUUUCAGAGCUGCAUUAAUCUACUUUUGUUCAUUCUAUGUUAUCAUUACUUAUGUUAUGCUGAAUGUACUUGUAGCUAUUAUUAUGGAGAAUUUCUCCCUGUUCUAUUCAAACGAUGAAGACGCAAUUAUGAGUUAUAAUGAUAUACGUAAUUUCCAACUGGCUUGGAAUAUUAUCGAUGUGAAUAGAAAAGGUGUAGUCAAAGCCUACUAUGUACGAUUUUUGUUACGUCUUAUUCCUCGAGAACGAGUAGGCUUUGAUUUAGCUAAAAAGAAAGAUCAACAACUAUUUAAAGAAAUGUGUUAUGAAGUUGAAAUGCUACGUGGUGGUCGUGAUAAAGAAGUCAGUUUUCAUGAUGUACUCAUGGUUUUAGCUUAUCGAACUGUUGAUAUUACAAAAACUCUACAACUGGAAGAACUAAUAGCUCGAGAAGAAUUGGAAUAUGCAAUUGAAGAGGAGGUUGCCAGACAGACUAUUGCUGCAUGGAUUGAACGUUGUAUAUUUAGAAAUCGUCAGAAACACGGACAGUUAAAAUUUAAGAUGCAUUCAAAUAUUGAACGUCAGAUAAGCACUACACUGGAUGAAUCCGAUGAAUUAAGCAAACGGAGUGAUUUUCUACCAUCGAAAAGUGUACGCAUCAAAAGUCAACCGUCAAUAACGCAUAAAUCAUCCACAUCCUCUGCCAUAACACUCUUUUCACCUAAAGAUCAUACCGGAAAGAUAAUGGAAAUCCCGUUGGAGGCAAGUAAUGAAAGAGCCAGCAUGAUUUGUGCACCACAAGUGAAGAUACCGUCAGUAAAACUCAUCCCGACAACAACGCCAGAUGUGGCUUCUUCUCUCACAACUCCUAACAUGAUUGCAAAAUCUUCUGUAACAGUUAACCCGCUUAAUUCUCCAGCAUCUACUGCUUUAGUGCAUCCUGUUCCACCGGCGAAAAAAUCCAACACGGACACUCAGAGUAAUACAACUCGUAAAGGUAAAAAACUAUCGUUCCAUCAGCGUACAGGUGAUAACUCGGCAAGCGUAUUCAUCAAUGAAAGUGACGGAAACAAUCAUGCUACUACAGUGACGACUACUGAUAAUAGGAAAGAUAGUAGUAAUAAUAAGGCCUUGGUUGAUUUUGAUGAAUACAGCUACACUUGUGAUAAUUCUGAUCAUACGGUACCUUUACUUCGACCAGAUGAUCGAGGCGAAAAGAAGUUGUGCAACUCAAUCGAUCAUCCUACUCAAUUAGGCAAAAAGUUACUCUCAGGUAAAUGUAGCCUGGAUAGAAUAACAACUAAUAAUAGUAAUAAUAAUAAUCACAGUAAGCUAAUUGGAGGUACAACAUUCAUUGACACAUGUUUAAUCAAUGAAAAUGCCACUAAAUCUUAUCGUAGUAAAAGUGACAUUGAAUCCCCCUUGGUAUUAAUUGAAGGCAAGAAGUCGACUAAAAUAAUUGAACCAUACGAAUUUACAAUUAUUGAAAAUCCAAUGGGAUUAGAGGACAGUGAUCAACCACAAGCACAUCAACAGAUUCCACGACCUCCGCCUCAGUCGACAAAUUCAUCAUCCUCAUCAUCUUCACGUAUUAAACCGACAAUUGUUACAUCACUUAAGGCGACAGCAUUACACAGUAAACCGAGACAAAGUCUUAUUAAUAAACUGUCGAAAUUACCGGAUGUUGUCGAAGAUACUGAUGAACCGGGGGAUAAACAUUUAAUGGUAUAUAGUUGUUCAGGCAAUGCGACAUUGACGUCACGUCCAGAUAAAAAACUGCCGAGUAAAGUUGGAGGGAAUAGUUUCAAAAAGAGAUUGGAUAAGAAUGCUAGAGAAUUUGAGAAUGAGUUAUGGUCGAAUGAAUUGACUGGUGGUAGUGUUAUUGCCGAUAAUGACAAUGAACAGAAUGACAGUAAUAAGAGUAGUAAAAACAGUCAAGGUAGACAGGUUGACGUUGUUCCAUCAUUCAAUUAUCUUACUUCAGGAUUACAAGAAGAAGAAGAAGAGGAGGCGGAGGUUGAAGAGGGAGAGGAAGAAGAAGGAGGCAGAGAAGGUGAGUCAGAAGCAGAAGAAGCUGAGGAAGCAGUCGAUAUUUUACCUCCAACAGAAAAGCUCAGCAUUUCACCUUCAACAACAAUACCAACAACAACAACAGCAAGGCUAAUACGUAAGCCUAAUUACAAAUACCAUAAUGAAAUUGUCGAUUUAAGUAAGCAUAUAAAUGAUUCAUGUGAUGAAGUGAAAAAAUGGUGGCGCAGUCAACUGUAUCCAAAUGUCCAACAGACAACAUCACACCACCACCAACAACAACACCAACAUCAUCACCAUCAACCACAAUCUCAAAAACAUCAACACCACCAACAGCAACAGUCACGUUUACAUUCCCAACAACAACAACUGCCAGUUCUUGUUCAGUGUAAUACUGCAACUGAUUUAGAGACUGUUGUCUCCCCGAUGAAUAGUCCUAAAAAGAAAUCAUUGAGAUCACAUACAAAUCAGUCGAAAAUGAUGAUGACCUCGUUGGCUAGUAGUAAAAGACGUUCAGGUGCAGCGGCGGUUAUCUCACGUCGGCCUCAUCAAUUGCAUCAUCAUCAUCAGCAACAACAACAGUAUAACCAACAGAAUCAGCCGAGAUCGAGUAAUUUACUCAGUGUUACUAUUGAUGAAUAUACGAAUGAUGAAGUGGACAGAAGUAGUGAUAAUAUUACUAAUACUAAUACUACUGGUAGUAUUAUGAGUAGUAAUGUGAAUAAAAAAGAAAAUCGUUUGCUACAAAAAGACAUUUAA